CUCAUUUUCUUUUCAACCUAACUAACUCUUUUAUAUCUUAAUUUCUUGAUAAUUAUAUGUUCUUUUCUUCUCUUUGUGACUUUGUCUCCCAAGUCCCUUCCCCCUUUUAAAUUAGAAAGAGAAAGAGAGAGAGAGAGAGAUGACUGGGUUGUUUCGAUCCAAAUCUCGCGGACUCGUCGGAAUCACUGAGUUCAACCAUGCUCCUCCGAGUCCUUUCUUUCACCAAACCAAAGCCAACAACAUUGAAGCCAAUGACGAAGAAGAGCAAGAGUUUGAAGAAGACGAAGAUGAAGAUGAAGAAAAUGGCUCUGAUGGAAACCCCAUCGCUACGACGCCAUUCACGUCGAGAUUUGGUCGUUGUCACGGGCAAAACAGUUAUUCGAUGUCGAAAGAUAAUAGCCAGUUCCCGUUUCUGGAUAUUUUGGCGGCGUUGUUAAGGAAGUCUCUGGUCACGUGCAGCGUGGAUACUGACGACGUGUCUUCCAUGGAUAUUAGCUUACCAACUGAAGUCAGGCACGUCUCUCACGUGACUUUCGACCGCUUUAAUGGUUUCCUCGGCUUACCUACCGACCUCCAGCUUGAUCUUCCCAUAAGGGUUCCCAGUGCCAGAGGGAACAGUGUGCCAACGAUUCUUCUUAUGAUGCAGAAGCGUUUGUAUGCAGAAGGAGGCCUUAAGGCUGAAGGAAUAUUCCGGAUUAAUGCUGAGAAUAGUCAGGAAGAGCAUGUCCGAGACAAGUUAAACAAAGGUGUAGUACCACGUGGAAUUGAUGUCCAUUGUUUGGCAGGUCUGAUUAAGGCAUGGCUUAGAGAACUUCCUAGUGGAGUACUUGAUUCCCUCACACCAGAGCAGUUGAUGCACUGCAAUACGGAAGAUGACUGCACUGAACUUGUGAAGUUACUACCUUCAACAGAAGCUGCUCUACUUGGCUGGGCAAUCAAUUUGAUGGCAGAUGUUGUGCGGCAUGAACAAUAUAACAAAAUGAAUGCACGCAACAUUGCGAUGGUUUUUGCACCAAACAUGACUCAGAUGGCUGAUCCUUUGACAGCAUUGAUUCAUGCUGUGCAAGUGAUGAACUUCCUCAGAACAUUGAUCUUAAAGACAUUUCGUGAAAGGGAGGAGUCAGCUGCCAAGGACAGGUUGCUGCGAUCAUGCUCAGUUUCUCCUACCGGUAUAACUGACAUUCAUUCUGCAACCAUAAACAGUGGGGUAUCCUAUGAGCAAGCUCUGGAUGCAUGUGCAUCUAAGGAACCUGCCACUGCUAAGUUCUUGAGGGCUGCCACACUGAUUAGACUGGAAUGUGGCCCUGAAAAGAAACUAUGGAGCUUUCGAAAGAAUGAUGUAGAAGAGGAAUUUGAAUCCAUUUCAGUUAACUGCACGCCAAAUGCGUGUGAAAUGGAUACUGCUGAAAAUGAAUGUAAAGGUGGAUAUGAUAACGGGGACCGGCUAAGUUUAAGAAAAGGUGUAAGGCGGUUAUGCAGGCACCCCGUAUUUCAGUUGAAUAAGUCGACUAAGAAGACACGGAAUCUUGGAAUUGUAAAUACUAGAGGAAGUGGAGAAGCUUGGGCGUGAUACAUCAUUGUCACAUCCUGAAAUGAUUAUAUGUUCCUUGUUGAUCAUGUGGUGAUUGCUGGUUGUGUAUGCCGUUAUAAUGGCGUAGUUCUUAGUGUUUGAGCGAAAUUUAUAGUUUGUAGGAUCUGUUUCGAGGCACUAACUGAAGCUAUAGAUUAUUGAUUUCUGAGACAAACAGUUUGUCUACUUGAACUAGCUUUGUGAUGUGCAAUAAAGCGUUGAAAAUUUGAUAAAAAAUCAGGUUUGAAAGAAUGAUAAAUGUUGAGUAUGUAAUGCCUGUCUGAAUCGAAGUCUUCUUCCACAAUGGAAGUAAAUAAAAAAGGAUAGGGCAAAUUUUCUUUUCUUUUCAUUACUGGGAAAGAAAAGAAACGGAGACAUGAAAUCGUCUCUUUUGUUGAUUUAUGGCAUAACACUCUUAUCUUCUUCCACAGCAAAACCUCCGGAGGUUAUGGUUUUGUUUCUGGAUUAUUUUAAUAGAAGGCAAACCAGCCAAUGCCUUAAGCUCAGGACAUUUUUGUAACUUGGCCCAAAAACAAAGUGCACCCACUUCAUCUAAGUGGGCCAAAAUUUUGAAAGGAAGUUUUUGCAACGGUUCAAUUUUGGGCCUUUUUAUCUUCUCUGGAUAAAUGGGCCACUGGAUUUUUAUAGCUAUGGAAGACAG